UAUUUACAUCUGUUAGCAAUUUAUUUGCCAGAUGUUUUUUGUAGUUUGUAGCUUAAUAGAAACGAUGGAAUAGUUGGAUUAAGCACAGGACGUGGACAUGUACGAAGGAUAGCAACUCCCCUGUCAACAGUUAAUUUCCGGAGACACUUUUUUGUGGGAUUUUGUCUCUUAUCAGCUGUUUUUUUUUUAAGCUAGGAUCAGAGCUGCGCUGGAAGAUGUCGUUGAUGUGUCACCAUUUUUAAACUAACUUGGUGUUUUAAUGAGAGGUCAUGGGUGAAAUACGGUGAUGGAAGGCCAGCUGUGUGCACUGAGGUGGUUGUGUUUCGGUUUCCCUUCCUCUUCAGACGCUCCUCCCGGCUUUGGAUUCCUGACUGUCACCUGAUUACAAGAGGAAACUGACACAGAUGAAAAUGAUGUUUUUGUCAUGAAGACUGUCUGAGCGGACAGCUCUGACAUAAGUGUCUGUAUGUAAUGACAAUAACAUGUGAAAUGGGGAACUGAGCUUUGGUCUUAUUUAAGCCUAUACGCUCUGUUUUUUUUUCCCUACUCUGUCAGCUGCUGAUGAAGUUGCGUUUUGAGAUCUUUUUUUAGACACUUUGUUCUUCAAACAACCCACAAUGUCGGACACAGAGAGGUCUUUGCCGGUCUGCAAGAGGCUCAGCUAUGCGGUGGGACACUUUCUCAACGACCUAUGUGCCUCUAUGUGGUUUACAUACCUGCUGGUCUUCUACCAUUCAGUACUGGGAUUCCAAAACACAAACGCAGGUGUGCUGUUGCUUGUUGGGCAGAUAGCUGAUGCAAUCUGUACACCCCUCAUUGGAUACGAGUCUGACCGAACCCCUGGAUGUGGAAACUACGGCAAAAGGAAGACAUGGCAUUUAGUUGGUACGCUCAGUGUGAUGCUGUCCUUUGCCUUCAUCUUCAACCAGUGCCUGCGCUGUGAUUUCUUCACCCCACAGUGGGCCAGUUUGAUAUACUUCAUCCCGUUCAUCAUCGUGUUUCAGUUCGGCUGGGCCGCCACACAGAUCUCCCACCUGUCUCUGAUUCCAGAGCUUGUCACCUGCGAACAUGCCAAAGUAGAGCUCACAGCGUACAGGUAUGCCUUCACGGUGAUAGCCAACAUCACGGUGUACGCCGUCGCCUACCUGCUGUUCCAUGUUCAGGCUGGAGACGACAAUGACCCCCUCAGCGAUGCACUGGGACCAGCCGACAUCCCCGUCUUCAGGAAUCUAGCGUUGAUCGUGCUUGGCAUCGGUGCCCUCUUCUCCCUGAUCUUCCACCUGGGAACGUCUGAGAGGAGAACCGGAGCAGGAGGACCAACUGGAGUAGAUGAGACUGAGGAGGAAGGAGAGCAGAGGCCUCUGCUGACCGGCCCUAAGACAUCCUCCUCCUCUUCACUCCUGCAGUGGAAAUGUUGGCUGCGGCAGCCGUCAUUUUAUCAGGUGGCCUUACUCUACAUGUCCACCAGGUUAAUAGUUAAUCUGUCUCAGACCUACAUCUCAAUGUAUCUCAUCAACACUCUGGGGCUUCCCAAGAAGUUCAUAGCUACCAUUCCACUGGUGAUGUACCUGAGUGGCUUCGUAUCCUCGUUCAUCAUGAAGCCUCUCAGUAAACUCAUUGGAAAGUGUCUCACUUACUUCGUGGGUCUGCUGCUGAUCAUGGCCUUCUCCUACUGGGUACUACUGGACACUCAGAUGGGUGAGCGGGUGUACGGGGCCGCUGUGCUGCUGGGGGUCGGAUCGGCCACCAUCCUGGUGAUCUCACUGGCCAUGACGGCUGAGCUCAUCGCCGAUCAGACGCAAAGUGGAGCGUUUGUGUACGGGGCCAUGAGUUUCACAGAUAAACUGGCUAACGGAGCCGCUGUGAUGAUCAUUCAGGCUCUGCAUCCAUGCCAUACUGUGAUUUGCUGUCCGGCCUGUGUCUGGUUCUAUCACCACAUCAUGGUCAUCGUAACGGGAGGCGUCGCUGUCGUGGCCGCUCUGGCGCUCUCCUCCAUCCUCAUCUGGCCAAUCAAGAUCAGACCACGAGAUCUGCCGGUUGUUUCAGAGGAUGGAGCCAGAGUCAACUAACAGCUUCCCUUCCAUCUGACGCUCCAGCGAUACAACAGGUGAACACAGCCUGUCCACAGGUCUGAACCGGACCACAGGACACCUUCCACUUUUGUUUCUCUUUCACAUUCAUUUGGAGCAGGAGGAGGGGGGGUUCCUGAACAGGCUGCAGACUGGUGCACUUCUGUGAAGGCCAGAAUAUAUUCAAUCUGGAAAAGCUCAGUAGAAAGUUCCAUCGUGUACCUCGUAUUCCUCUGAUGUACAAACAGGAGAUUAAAAGAAAAACCUUAAACAGAUGGAUUUGACAUGUAGUCACAGCAUUUGACAUCAGUUUUAUCCUUUUUACUUUAAUUUGUCACUUGUCUGGAAUCUUAACAAUAUGUUCAUGAGAUUGAAGUGAAGUGUGGAGUAGUUCUGGUUCCAGGAUUCAAUCACAUGUCAACAAAGACAGUAUUUUAGUGUUUUGAAGGUACUCUGUGUAAGGUUAGUUGAGAUCCACAAAAAAUAGCUUGUGUGUAGAGGACUGGGAUUUGUCUUGGGGUCUUUUCAUGCGUCUUUCCUGCUCCUCUACAGCUGUAACGGCGUGUAAUUCUAGAUGCUUUUAGCUUCCAAAUGUUAACACACAUACAGGUCCCAACACAAAAUUCUUGUCAGUACGCAAAAGUUUACAUCUCUUGUCAGUUUUGGGUUAAAAAGUAUAAAAUUACAGUCUGUGUGCACAUGAUAUGGAUGAAACCAUAUUCACAUAUUAUUUAUUGUUUAGAUUUUGAACCCUGUAGCCAGAGUAAAAUGUUGUAAAUGUAUGUCCAAGUCUAUAGUUUUCUGAACUUAAAAUAAGUUUAAUAUUACUCCCACUCUCAGCUCUUACAAUUAUUUAUUAAAAUAAUUGUUAUUUUCAUACUUUUUUAGAGUUUGAGACAGCUUUUAGAGCAGGGGUGUCAAACAUACGGCCCACCAGGGGGUCCAUUCUGGCCUG